GAGGAAGAGAGAAAGAGAGAGAGAGAGAUCCAUGACCAUCUCCCGGGUGUUUAAAAAACUAACUCAGGACAAUAGCGGCGAAUGAGCGCUUAAUUAAAUUAAUUAGUCCUUCUUGUCAAUCUCGGAUUAAUGGCCAAUAGCGGUGGUGCUGCUUAAUGUUUUUUUUUUUUUUUUACUCCUCUCUCUCUCUACUCUCUCGCUCUCUCGCUCUCUCUCUCUCUCCCAUACCAGUGAAGGGGAAGGGGGGGCUCAUCCCGGCAUCCUGAGGGGAGGUAAUUUGCACGGAUCAAGGGGGCAAGGCGCCGCAAAGUAUAAAUACUGUGACUUCAAUAGAGGAUCACCAGCAGGUUCCCAACUCCGCUACCAAAGGAGGAGGAAUUGGCCGAGAAGAUAUAUCUUCAUAUAUGUUUCACCUUUAUCCAGAGUUGGCUCCAUCACCUUGUAUCAUUUUCAAGGGGGUCGACUUUAAAACGAGCCACACCAUUGAUGUCUUAAGCUGUCGUGGAGCAGAGGGAGCGAGUGUGUGUGAGCGAGUGCGUGUGUGGUGUGGGUGAACAGUUUUUUCUGAAGAGGAGAGGAAGCAGUGAUGGAAGAGCUCACCGCUUUCGUGUCUAAGUCUUUCGAUCAGAAAGUGAAGGAGAAGAAGGAAGUGAUAACCUACAGGGAGGUGUUGGAGACCGGGUCUACGCGCGCGGGGAGCAGGGAGUCUUUAACCGCGGAGCCGGGGAGCCGAGAGGAGGCGGCUGCAGUUACCCGGAACGUUGCGCUCUCGCCGGGCAGGGAAACGGACAUGCUCGGCCCGGAGAGAAUCAGGGACGCCGGGAGCCCCAAACUCAUAGACGGCACCACGGACGUGAAGGAAAGGAAAGAGGACUCGAAGCCCAUCGAAGACGAGGCACAGACUAAAAUCAAACAGAGGAGAAGUCGGACUAACUUCACGCUAGAGCAGCUCAAUGAGCUGGAGCGGCUCUUCGACGAGACCCACUACCCGGACGCCUUCAUGCGGGAGGAGCUGAGCCAGCGACUGGGACUGUCGGAGGCCCGAGUACAGGUUUGGUUCCAGAAUAGGAGAGCCAAAUGCAGGAAGCAGGAGAACCAGCUACAUAAAGGAGUCCUUAUUGGAGCAGCGAAUCAGUUUGAAGCUUGUCGUGUAGCGCCAUAUGUCAACGUGGGGGCUUUGCGGAUGCCAUUCCAACAGGAUAGUCAUUGCAACGUGCCGCCCUUCUCCUUUCAGGUGCAGGCGCAGCUCCAGCUGGACAGCGCUGUGGCCCACGCGCAGCACCACCUGCACUCUCACCUGGCGGCGCACGCGCCCUACAUGAUGUUCCCCGCGCCGCCGUUCGGCCUGCCCCUGGCGACGCUCGCGGCGGAGUCCGCGUCCGCCGCCUCCGUCGUGGCCGCCGCCGCCGCGGCCAAGAACACCAGCAAGAACUCCAGCAUCGCCGACCUGAGACUGAAGGCCAAAAAACACGCGGCCGCGCUGGGACUGUGACGCCGGGCGGACGCACGGGGACGCGAGGCGUGGACGCGCUGCGGCCUCGCCGGCCACUGAAGAGAGAGACACUGAACACAAACGCUUACCAAGCGAACACGGACAAAGUGAGAGAGAGAGAGAGAAAAAAAAUAUCCAUGGACUUUAUUUAUGUUUUUUCUUCUUUUUUUUUUCAAUGAAGGACGACGAAUAUAAAUAUAAAUAUAGGCUAUUUAUGAGAUAGAGACAGUGGGAAAAGAGACUGUGAUAUAGCCUAACGCAGAGUUUUUGGACGCCGAAAAGAGGCGCACGGGGUGGAUAGCAAGGCUACGAGGGCUCCACGCAGCCAUGGCUGAGGAGGCCUGCGGGACACCCGGAGGAGGAAGAGGAGGAGGAGGAGGAGGAGGAGGGUGAUGAUGUUGCAGCUGGGUCGGUCGAUACUUUGUCAAACAAGGCGAACCAUUCUGCAGUCGUUUUUGUUCUGUUUUAAUGUUAUAUUAUUAUGGUUUCAUUUUGAACCUAUAUAGAGGCUGGCCUCGUUAUAUUUCCAAAAAAAAAAUGAAAGAAAAAAACACUUUCUCUGUGUAAGGACAGAGCGGGAAUUCCUUGACAAAAUUUAGAGACGACGUUUAAAAGUGUUUCUUCCCCUUCUUCUGUUUCUUGUCCAGUUUGAAAAUGCCUCAGCAGUGUUUGCAUGAGUUUGUCCUCACGGAUGACGUGAUGUGAGCGCCCCUCACCCCCCACCCCACCUCACCCCUCCCCGCCCUCUUUCUCUCUCCUUUUCUCCCCUCUCCUCUCCCCUCUCUUUCUUCUCCUCCCAGAAUAAGAAGGGCAACUUCAUUGUUUGACCUUGUUUGGACCCCCUCUGGUGGAGGUGAAAACAGACAAAUGUGAGAUUGUAAAACAUGUGUAGGCUACGCUGAACUUUUUUUUUUUUUUUUUUUUUUUUUUUUUAAAUUUUGUCAGGAUAACCCGAUCUAAGUGUCCAUAUUUACAAGGUGAUUCGUCCAACCUUUUAAAGGAGGACAUCACGCCAUAAAACGCCAUCUUUAACAGCAGCGAUCAGACGAACAAAUUACACUAACACGAAGACUUUAUGCGAACCGGUACGGGCACGUGUAAAAUAUGUUUAUACACACAUUCAUACAAACACGAACACAAAAAAAAACAUACAUUAUUUUUUAUUAUUUAGUGGCUUUACGAAUGCCUUGUGGGAAAUUUGUUCAUUUUGUAUUUUACUUUAUUUCCGUGUAUUAAAACAAAACAUGUGCUUUCUGUAUGUAAUUUUGAUGUUUUUAUAACAGUGAAAGUGAACUCACCUGAGGCACGGUUUUCCUAAAAAAAAGAAAAAAAGAAGGAAUAUUCAUGAAAUUGUUUUACUUUUUUUCCAUCACAUGUGAAACGUGAAUCCACCUAAACAAAAUGUUUUUCGUUCCUAUAAUAAAUUAACAAAAGUUUCUUUAA